ACUUUUUCUUGGCUCUUUUUUUUUCUAGUGCUCUUUUUCCCUUGUUCUUCUUCACUUACACCUCCUUUUCGCUUGCUUUGGUUAAUUUUAUUCUUGACUUAUAAACAAGAUCAUCAGAAAAAAAGUGUCCAAUUAGAACCAGAAGAAGGAGAAUGAAACAUUUGAAAAAGCCUUCAGAGUGGGUGGCGCCUCUGGUGCCUAUGGUUUCCUUGGCCGUCCUUCCUCUCGGUCCACUCUUCUUUCCUCGAGUCUACUUGUUAUUUUUGUUUGCGUAUUUUUCCUUGUUUCUGUUCUCGCAAGUGAAUCACGUAUGCAAAUUCUGGCUCACGUCAUGCAAAAUACGAGCCAAUAUUCGCAAGUGGAACGCUCGUCUUCCAGCCAUCACCAAUGACAAUGACACUUUUGUCAGCGCGACCAGUCGAACCAAUUCACCCAAUGUUACUCGAGAACGCACCAUUACCCAUACCGUUCAUCACGAUGACGAAGGGCAGGCCUUGGAAGACAUUGAAGAACGACUCCAAUACUAUGAAGAUCCUACUUACUGUCACGCUUUCAUCAUACCCAAUUAUUGCGAGCCGGACGGUCUACUCAAAGACACCAUCGGUCGUUUAGCAAGUCAUCGAAAUGCAAGCACACAUUAUACGAUUAUUUUGGCCAUGGAAGCGUCCGAACCUGAGCAUGAAGCCAAAGGUCAACGUUUGCAAGCCGUAUUUGAAAAUCGAUUUGCCCACUUUAUCGUGACAGCGCAUCCCGCCGAUAUUCCGGGUGAAUCGCGUGGCAAGGGAAGCAACGUGGCAUAUGCUGCUCGUCACGGAUCGCAAGAGCUGUUGCGCCGUGGCGUCGAUCGCCGUCGUAUUAUUCUCACGAUUUCUGAUUCAGACUCCAGCAUUCCGGAAUUGUACGUUCGCGAAGUUGAGGAAGCCCUCCAACGAUCGUCGGAUCCUCACCAUUUGUUACUGGCCCCACCGAUCUUCUUUUCGCGCAAUUGCUUUGAUGUCCCUGCCGCGGUGCGUGUCACCGAUAUUACCUGGUCGGCCAUGGUCAUGUCCAAUUUGAGCAACAGUCGUGGAUUGUCUUUCCCUUGCUCCAACUACAGUUUAUCGUUGAUUUUAGCCGAACGCGUCGGUUACUGGGAUACGGAUGCCGAUGCCGUCGGCGAAGAUAUGCACAUGUGGUUGAAGUGUUUCUUCAAAACCAACGGCCAAGUGCGUACCGCUCCUAUUUACGUGCCUAUCAAUUUGACCAAUGUACAAACCGACGGUUACUUUUCCAACGUGAAUGCGCGCUUUGUGCAAGCCAAACGUCACUACAACGGAGUUGCGGAUGUCGCUUACACGCUGCAAAACGCGUUUUCCAGAGAAGCCAAGUCGGCCACCAGUAUUCUUGGCAGUGCCAGCAGCAGUUUGGCCAUGGCGGCUUCGUCCUCGGUCAACUGGCGUGAUAAGCUGACGGUGUGUAUUUUGAUUUUGGAAGCGCAUAUGAUUCCUGCCACGUCGGGCUGGCUGAUGUUUGCGGCGGUGCCCUUGAUGCAGUUCUUGCUGUUCCCCCCCUUGCAUUGGCUGGCUAUUGUCAGUCCCAUUUCCAAUCCCAUCUUGACCUACGAAUUCUACGGCCAAUUAUGGACGCUGGUGAAAAUCAUUACCGUCCUUUUACCGUUCCCACUGUUUGCUACACUGGCCAUUUACGAACAUCUGCACCGAUCCAUCGAUCGUGAUUUCCUGCGUAAAUCCAAGUCAGAAAUGCGCCAGUGGUCCAACCUGCUCGACUACACCAUGUUGCCUGUGGCCGCCUGGCUCUUCAUGACAUUGCCGUCCACUCUGGCCUGCGUCAAACGGCUGCGCAAGAAGGAAGAAGAAUACAUUGUGUCCGAAAAGUUCUUUCAAGAUGAUGAAGGAUUGUCACUGCCAAAGUAGAAAAAAGAAAAGACAGAAAAAUGAUACCUUUUAAUCCUCUCUUUAGACUUUAAUCUCAUUUAAUAGUUUCUUUUGGUUUGUUUUUUUGUUUUGUUCCCCCACCUACCACUUACUAUUCAUAAUAAUCCUUUUUUUUAUUUUAAUUUUUUACGUCCCUCCCUUUUGUAACAAUUACGGCUAGAAUAAAUUCAAAGUGCAUAAAUAACAAAAACAAACAUGGAACUUGCUUCUUUUUUUUUC